CUCUUGUUGUUCUACUAUAUUACCAUGUCAUAAAAGAGAUUAAAAGUUUGAUCAAGUUUCGCAGUUUCAAGUUGGAAAUAUAAACAGAGUAAAACAAAGCUUGACACUGAAGUCAUGGGAAAAUGCCAGAUGUUGUAAUGGACAAUAUAGAACCGACCUACAGUAUAUAGGACGUUUAUAGUUUAUACAAGGUGAUAUUUUGACUGAAGGCUAAAUUUAAGAAUGACCUGUAUUUUCAAACCUUUAAAACAGUGGAUGUGAUGUCAGAAUUAUUGUGUGUUAAGGUGGUAGAACAGAUUUCCCAGCUUAUCAUGUCUCUAGCUAUCACCUCUAUCAGCAACACUCCUGACAAAAUCAUCAACAAAGGAGCAGACUUCUUCAGGAGGAGUUCCAGUAACAGGGGACUAUUUGAUCGCAGAAGAAAAAGUGCUGUUGAAUUGUUAAAUGCCUCCAAAGGAGAAUAUGUGAAGAGUGUCAGUGUUCUGAAACAGAAACAGGAACUUAAACACCCAGAAAACCUUCAUGUCAGUACUAGACCCAAAAGUAUCGUGUUGGGUGCUGAACCAAGGUCCAAAUCAGAUCUAGGAUUGUCACCAUCAGAUCACAGUCCUAAAUCAUCCUUAGGGGACCAAUCAACGGAAAAUGAUAUAAAAUCGGCAAAUAGUUUGUCAGAAAAUAGAGAGUCACCUGUUACACAGGAAUUAUGUAGAAAAGUGUCACUGGGAAAAUUGUCAGGAAACAUGGCCUCGGCAUCGCAACAAUCGACAGAAUCAAAAGUUACAGAACUGGAUAAACGAAAACCUUUAUCUAAAUCAAAAGAUUUCCUGUCACCAAAUGCAUUUCAAUCACUUAGUACUUCAGUAACUGUUUUAGUGGAAAAACGUUGUAAUGCUGCAACCGAAAAAUCAACCAAUGAAAAUAAAGAGAUGGUGGUUAGAAGGAAAAAGAAACCAUUGCACCGUUCUCAGUCUGAUCUUAGUGGACGAUGGUCAAGAAACAGUUCAGAUUUCUCUGACUUGAGUUCACGAGUUUCAAGAACUAGCACUGAGGUGGAACGAUUUUUUAAUGAAAUGGGACUUGAAAGUAGUAUAUUGGAGAGAAUGCGUCAUAAGUUUCAGAUCAUGCAUGUAAAUGAUGAUGAAUUAUUUGAAAGUAUUAGUUCUAUAGACUCUGCAGAGCGGAGUUCAUGUAGUGAAGCCUCAAUAGGGGAUAAGGAAAAAGACAAAGAAUUGAAGGAAAGAAAUUCUGUUCAAACUUCUAUAGUAGAGAAAAACGCAAGAAUUAUCAAGUGGUUAUGUAAUGUGAAGAAAGCACGAACAAAUCCAAGAAGUGAGACACAAUCACCACAAGCAAAGAAAUAAAAGUUUGUUUUUGACAGAAAAGACAAGAGAAGACCAAUUAUAAAAUCAAAUAAUACAACUAACAAGUCUUUCAUAUAAACCAUAUUAUUGAACGUUAUGAUCAUUGUUUAUAGUGCUCUGUUUAUUACCUAUACAUUUUAUUACUUGUAAAUUGAUUUAAUAUAAGUAUUUUUUCUGAACAUAGUUUUAUCAUGGGAACAAAUAUAAAUGUAUAAAGAGCAUUUGUAGAUGCCAUUUUAUUUGAUAGUCAACUUUUGCAUAUAUCUUUUAUGUCUAUGUUGGAUGGGUCUACUUAGAUAUUUGAUAAUCAAUCAUUCUGCAUAUAUUUUCUUUGUCCAUGCUGUUUGUACUUUGAAGGAGCAAUCAUAUAGAAUUUCUGAAAUCCAACAUAUCUCAUUGGAAUAAUAAUUGUGUUCAUAUCAUGUUGUUUCUCAAAUGUUUUUGUGCCAAAGUCAGUAACAUUUUAGAAUUCAACUGUAUUAACGAAAUAUAUCAUUUUUUUUUUAAAUAUUUUGUUCAGUUUAGCAUUUAAUGUAAUGAAGCUAGUUGUGAUAGUAAAAGAAAGUUUUGAGUAAGAAAUAUUUGUACUGCAACUAGUUGUGUUUAUUUCCUAAAUAUAGUACUUAACAUAGCUAUAUAGGGAUGAAAAUAAGUUUGAUAUUUGUAUUACGAUUGAAAAAGCUAUCAGUUAAUUAAUUUAAGUUGCAGUAUAAAAACAAUAUUAGGUCAAUGUCAUAAAACAUAUAAACUUUUUUGUACUCAGCGCAAAACUUGCGAAGGGUUCAGUAAAACCUCGCUCUUCCCUAGUUUCUCAGCCUCAUACUAAAAAGUUAAUAUUUUUCUUUCAUUGACCUAAUAUUGUAUAUAUAUUGGUUUACCAGGGUUCUAGUUCACAACAUUUAAAAACAUUUCAGUUCUACUCACGAAAAAAUUGUGGAAAAAUUCAUCCAGCUCAUGAAUUAAAAUUCAAUUUCAAAUUGAAUGUCACUUUCACUAGUGAACUCAAAUCCAAUAAUCAAGCAUUUCACAGCAUCAAAAGGGGAGUAAUUCAAUCAUAAAUAUACUUAUUUCAGAAAAUAAAAAUAUACUAACUGUGUAAAUAAAAUUCUGUAUUGUUUUCAUGAUGUCAAAUGGACCUUGAAUGAAAGGUUAAAUGUUUUAGAAAUCAUAGUUAUGAGGUUCCAUUUGAGAUUUGCCUUCAUUUUUAGUAAAAAUUUGUAAGGAUAAGCCUUACGACCCCAUGUAAUUCAUACAUAAAAAAAACAUACUCAUUUAUUUACAAAAAACCAAUUUGUUUGUUCAGAGAAUAAGAAAGAUGUUAACAUACAAAGUUCUACAAAAUCAAUUGGCUAGUAAUUUUUUUUCUAUAAUGAAGCUGAACAUUUAAUUCAUAAAACGACUAAAACCAUGUUAUUACCAAUGGUAUUUCAUAUCAGGGAUGUUUAUGAUAAUAAAGCCAGUUUUGCUAUCAUGAGAAGGAACUUUAGUCAGCAAAAAACUGAAAAUCAAACUUCACAGCCAAAAAAUGUAAAAAAUAGAAAUAUCUCUUUAGAUUGUUGCUGUGAAUAAUAAACUGGUAUGCAAGACUUCAAAUACUAUAUAUGUCUUUGAACCAUUUCAAUGUCAGAAUCUGAAUGCCCAUGGGUAAUUUUAUUAUUAUAUGCACCAACAAAAUCCAUUUUUAGUGUUUGAUCUAAUUUGCAUUGUACUGUAUACAUAUAUGAAGGACUCAGAGGGACAAAGGGGACACUUGAAUCAGAUUUUUAUGUUUAGAUACCAGUGGCAGAUCCAGAACUUUUUC